GCCCCUCCCUUCCGCCAUGGCGGCCGAGAGCGGCAGGCAGUUCUGGAAGCGGAGCGCCAAGCUGCCGGGCAGCAUUCAGCCUGUGUAUGGAGCACAGCAUCCUCCGCUGGAUCCCCGGCUCACCAAAAACUUCAUCAAGGACCGCUCCAAGGCCAACGCGCUGCCUAUGAAAAGCAAGAAGGCCUCCAGCUUUCACGAGUUUGCCCGCAAUACCAGCGAUGCCUGGGACAUCGGUGAUGAUGAAGAUGAGGACUUCUCUUCUUCCUCUUCUUCUUUGCAAACUCUGAACUCUAAAGUGGCCAAGGCCACGGCAGCCCAAGUUCUGGAGAACCACAGCAAGCUGCGGGCAAAACCCGAGCGGGCCCAGUCCACUCUCAACGAUGUGCCCAGCAACUGCAAGGUCAUCAAGUCCAGCAGCGAGGCCCAGCUCUCCAGGACAGCUGAGGAGGCCUGUGUGCGGACCCCCCUUCAGAAGCAGCAGUCCCUUCCCCUUCGGCCCGUCAUUCCGCUCGUCGCCCGAAUCUCUGACCAAAACGCUUCGGGUGCUCCUCCCAUGACUGUGAGGGAGAAAACCCGCCUGGAGAAGUUUCGGCAGCUCCUUUCCAGCCACAACACGGAUCUGGAUGAGCUGAGGAAAUGCAGCUGGCCCGGUGUGCCCAGAGAGGUCCGGCCCGUGACGUGGCGUCUCCUCUCAGGUUAUCUCCCUGCAAACAUGGAGCGGCGAAAGCUGACCCUGCAGCGCAAGCGGGAGGAAUAUUUUGGCUUCAUCCAGCAGUAUUAUGAUUCCCGGAACGAGGAGCACCAUCAAGACACCUACCGACAGAUCCACAUCGACAUUCCAAGGACCAACCCACUCAUCCCCCUCUUCCAGCAGCCACUCGUCCAGGAGAUCUUUGAGAGAAUCCUGUUUAUCUGGGCCAUUCGACACCCAGCCAGCGGCUAUGUGCAGGGAAUCAAUGACCUGGUCACUCCGUUCUUUGUUGUGUUCCUCUCUGAGUAUGUUGAGGAAGACGUGGAGAACUUUGAUGUGACAAACCUGUCACAGGAUGUUUUACGGAGCAUCGAAGCCGAUAGCUUCUGGUGCAUGAGCAAGCUGCUGGACGGGAUACAGGAUAACUACACUUUUGCACAGCCAGGGAUCCAGAAGAAAGUUAAAGCACUGGAGGAGCUGGUCAGCCGGAUCGAUGAGCAGGUACAUAAUCACUUUAGGAAGUACGAGGUCGAAUACCUGCAGUUUGCCUUUCGCUGGAUGAACAAUCUGCUUAUGAGGGAGCUGCCGCUUCGCUGCACCAUCCGCCUCUGGGACACCUACCAGUCGGAGCCAGAAGGGUUCUCCCAUUUCCACCUGUACGUCUGCGCCGCCUUCUUGAUCAAGUGGCGGAAGGAGAUCCUAGAUGAGGAAGACUUCCAAGGCCUUCUGAUGUUGUUACAAAACCUGCCCACGAUACACUGGGGUAACGAAGAAAUUGGACUCCUGCUCGCAGAAGCCUACAGACUCAAGUACAUGUUUGCAGAUGCCCCCAAUCAUUACCGCCGAUAGGUGCCAGGGCACGACUCCCUCCUCUGCCCCGUGCCCACCCCCUUGUCCUGGCCCGAUCUGAUCACUGUGGCAUUUUUGUCAUCCCAAGUCCUCGGACACUCCGGCCGGGAGCUGCUCCUCGCUGUACAAAGCUCACAUCGACUCUUGUCUUAACUCUUUAACGCGUGCCUGUCUGCCCCUCCCUGCGCCUGGAUGUGCCACUCCAACCACCGUCAGUAUUUCACACCGGGCUGGCAGCUCGAGCCGGGCCCAGAGGCUUGAAGGGGCUCGGG